GAUGUGUUUCAGCAUGGGCAGUUGAAACAGCAGGACACUGCUCAAUAGUGUAACUUUUACAGAAUACUAAAAUAUUAAUUUCUGAUAUACAUAUGGGAAAUUGAUAACUAAUAUUGUUGUACGGAAGCUAAGACUGUGCCGAUUUUAGAUUUUCAUUCAUUUGUUUUGUCUUGAACGACAAGGAAAAUGCCAGUAGCAACUCUAUUGCCUUUUACAGCUACCCCGAGUAGGAAGUCUGCCAGCCCGACCUCCUUUAGAUUGACAGAGAAAUUCAUUUUGCUAUUAGUUUUUAGCGCUUUUAUUACGCUUUGUUUCGGGGCAAUUUUUUUCCUGCCGGAUUCAUCGAAGCUACUGAGCGGAGUUUUCUUCCACUCGUCUGCGGUAGAAACCAACACGCGAACAGGUACGGAUAGUGAUUCAAACGUUGCAGUUGGGACCGACGAAAAGAUAUUAACCAAGAUUAGAAAGGACCACGAAAAGGCUUUGGUUGAAGCAAAAGACACUCUCCAGAAACGACCAGACGAGAUAAAGCAAGAUAUACAAGACGAGAAGGACAAAGUUUUGAAGGAAGGUAAAGGUGGGAAAGAUUACAAUAACCUACCAGUCAUUGAAUAUGUUCGGCCACCCGGAGCAACAGGGCACGAGCCCUCCGAUCCGGAAACCAAAGAGAGACGAGCAAAAAUUAAAGAGAUGAUGACAUUUGCCUGGGACAGUUACAAGCGCUACGCCUGGGGAUCUAAUGAGCUGAGGCCUGUUUCCAAGCAAGGCCACUCCAGCAAUCUGUUUGGGAGCAUAAAAGGAGCCACCAUCGUGGAUGCUCUGGAUACCCUGUACAUCAUGGAGAUGUUUGAGGACUUUGACAUGGCCACAGAGUGGGUGGAGAAGAACCUGGACUUCAACGUGAAUGCUGAGGUCUCUGUCUUUGAAGUGAACAUCCGGUUUGUCGGAGGCCUGCUCUCUGCCUAUUACCUUUCUGGCAAAGAGGUGUUCAGGAGGAAGGCCAUAGAACUGGGAGAGAAGCUGUUGCCUGCAUUCAAAACCCCCACAGGCAUCCCCUGGGCCCUCCUAAACCUGAAGAGUGGCAUCGGGAGGAACUGGCCAUGGGCGUCUGGAGGCAGCAGCAUCCUGGCGGAGUACGGCACCCUGCACCUGGAGUUCAUGCAGCUCUCCAAGCUGUCAGGGAACCCAGCCUUCGCAGAGAAGGUCAUGAACAUCCGGAAGGUUCUGAAUCGCCUUGAUAAGCCCCAGGGACUGUACCCCAACUACCUGAACCCUAACAGCGGACAGUGGGGACAACAUCAUGUGUCAGUGGGCGGCCUGGGAGACAGCUUCUAUGAGUACCUCCUCAAGGCCUGGCUGAUGUCGGACAAGACAGACGAGGAGGGCAAGAAGCUCUACUACGAAGCUCUGCAGGCCAUUGAGACCAGUUUGAUAAGAAAGUCCAGCGGUGGCCUGAUGUACAUCGCUGAGUGGAAGGGCGGGCUGCUGGAGCACAAGAUGGGUCACCUGACGUGCUUCGCCGGGGGCAUGAUCGCCCUGGGGGCGGACGGAGCGCCCGAGGACAAGACGGGUCACCAGAUGGAGCAGGCCUCAGAGAUUGCCCGCACCUGCCACGAGUCCUACGCCCGCACCACCCUGAAGCUGGGCCCGGAGGCGUUCAGGUUUGACGGAGGCGUGGAGGCCAUCGCCACGCGGCAGAACGAGAAGUACUUCAUCCUGAGGCCAGAGGUCAUCGAGACCUACAUGUACAUGUGGAGGUUCACCCACGACCCUAAGUACAGGGAGUGGGGCUGGGAGGCCGUGCAGGCUCUGGAGAAGCACUGUCGUGUGGAGGGGGGCUACAGUGGAGUGCGGGACGUCUACGCCUCCAGCCCCAACCAUGAUGACGUCCAGCAGAGCUUCUACCUGGCCGAGACACUCAAAUACCUGUACCUGCUCUUCUCUGAUGAUGACCAUCUUCCCUUGGAGCACUGGGUGUUCAACACCGAGGCCCACCCCCUCCCUGUCAUUAAGAAGGAGAUGACAGACACAGACAAGCCCAGCCAGCAGGAGUAGAGUGGUCCUCCUGGAUCACCCCCUGACCUGACCCCUCCCACCACCAAACUCCUCUACCCCCUCCCUUUCUGAGCAGUGGACGGAACUGUCUCUUACUCCUCCCCCACCAUGGGUGGAUCUCACCCAGGCAGGCCGCUUCCCUGGCAGACUGGACUCUCCUGUUUUGGAGUCCCUGACCAGACCAGAUGGAACCGGACCGGCUGCCUGCCUCUCUAGAGGCAGACUGCCCCCUACUGGGGACUGGGAGGAACCACCUCAUCCAAGAGUUCUCCUCUUGUCAUCUUGUAAAGCUAGUCUGCAUGCUCCCCUCCCGCCCAGUGCUGUAAAUCUACACUCCUCUGUGAGGAGAACAGGACACUCUGCGCUGUAACAUUUGCUGUCACUCCAAAAAAAAGCCAUACUGAUUUGAAGACAGCUUUGUCAUUUAUUUUCUUUCGUUCUUUCCACCAUAUGGGGUAUGUGUUUGUGGGUGUGACUGACAAUAGAUCAAUGUCAAUCAACAUAUCACGUUUGUGUCGUUCUUAUCGUAAGUAUGAUUUUAGUCACACUUUAACAAUGGACCAUUUAGGUGGAUUUCUGUUAAAGACCCAGAGCUUGGUUCUCACCUGCUUGAUAGUCAAAUCUUAACUAGUGCCUUUCAGUCUAAUAUGGUCUAUCAAAUAAGCAGUUCAGGCAAAUGGCAAGGUUUUUAAUUUAAACCAGUAGGUAGGUACCACAUUGUUCAGAUGGCAUUGUUGAUUGAGUGCUUAGUCACCUCCUCUACCACACUGACAUCUAGUGUUGAACACCAGUAAUACACCAGUCCAGUCAGAUGAGUGUAGCAGGUCCACAUACAGUAUUAAAGGAGAUGAAGUACCUUGAUGGGAAAAGACCUGCACUGAGAACAACCUCUGUUUAAAGAAGUAGAAAUGUUGACCAUCUAUCUGUUCCCUUCCUCCUGAAGUAUGGAACGUGUGGACAGUAGAGUUCAUUCCUUCUACCAACAUGUCAUCAAUUCAUUCAGCCUAGUCUGUUUGUCAGAGCUUUGUUUCCCAACCCCACCCCCAUCAUCAUGUUCCUUUUGUUUUUUAAUUGACAAAGUUGACAUGUGCUUUGUUUGUUUGUUUGUUCCUUUAUUACAGGUGGUAGAGACAUUAAUCCAUGUGAUGUAAAAUAGUUCCUUCGCUGUUAAUUUAUUCCAUAGUACAUAGGAAGGAAGGUUUGGAGCAGGCACCUAGGUGGCGCUGUGGAGAGAAUGGGCCCUGUGUUGUUGUUUAGGUGGAUUAUUUGGGAGAUGGGAGGGAGACAGUGUGGGGGAGACAAGGGCAGAAUCAGACCAAGAAUUUGGUAGUCAAUCAUAUGUAACGAAUGCAUCGUAUGAAUGUACCAUCAAAUGUGAACUGAAGAUUAUUUGACCUUUUGUUGUUCUCAAUUUGUUUGUUGAGAUUUUUUGUUGUUCCUUUCUUCUGGACAGCACAAAAUGCUGAAACAAUGUGUUGUGGUACCCAGAGCAAUCUAUUUAAAGAGGUGGAACAUUGAGGUUCCUGCAUUAUGAGGCAUUUACAUGACACCUCAACAUUCUAUGGCAGCCAUGUUAGUUCCCCAUUAAUGUUACAUAGGGAAUAUUUAAAUAAUGAUAUGUAACGGAAUGUCUAGAAUAAGAAAUAUUCCAAAUUCGUACAGUUUGCCCAACUCUCUAAAAUAUAUGGCUCUGGUGGUACCGAUCAGAGGAAGCUGUUACUCACAUAUGAACAUACAUAUAUACAUGCUGAAUACUGUAUAAAGACAAGAUGAUAAAUACAUCGAAGUGGUCACACUGUACAUGCAUAUCGUAUUCAGAAGUACACACUCCAACACACUUAUGAACAUGGAAGUUUAUGGACACUCAGAAAUGGAUGUUCAGGUGACCACAGGACCCAUCAAACCGCUCUGUUGUCUCAUCAUAAAGGCAAAGUUAAAGGGGAGCGGAUUUGUAUGAAACAAUGUCUCGUGGUCCUGUUCUUCUGUAGUGUACAUCUUUCACAGUCAGGGGGCACUGAUGUCCACAUACAGUACAUCUUAUUUGGAAAUAAACGGGGUAGGAUCAAGAGGUCUUGAAGAAGGGCCUUCAUCAUGGUUGAAGUCAUUUUCUUACAUUAGAGGAUUGACCAGACAAGAGGUUGGAGAUGCUGAUAUCUGCCCACUACUGGAGCCAAACUCUGCUUUCUAUAGCAUUCUUUAAGACAUAAUAAUAAUACCUGUUUAUCUUACUGGAGGAAGCAAUGUUAAUGAGGGAAACUGUGAUAUCCAUGUAGGCUUACAUCCCUACCACCUAGUUCAGUUCGGUAGCCAUUCCGGUUCCAGGGAAGAGCGUCACUAUACACUGUGAUACACUGUAGAUAUGAAAUUGCUGCAUUCACCAUCUCUGCACUGUCUGAGAGCCUAAGUGUUUCUCCUGACUGUUGCAGCUUUAGGGAGCAGCAGAGAUUACUCGUAGUGAUACUGAGAAACUUCAAGUCGCUGUAAAAUGCUAACACAUGACAUAUGAACCAUUUCCUUUCAUCUUUGUUUCAGAUAUGCAGACUAGAAGACGUGCUGUUCAUUUCAAAGUGACUUUGUGGUUGAAUAUUGUGUUGAUGAUCUCUCACAUUACAAUGCCUUUUAUUUGUGAAUCUAUUGUUCAUGGUUUUGUGAAACAACCUCAAAAAUGUAAACGGUACAAUAAUGCUGAUAAUCAUUCCAUUGCACAUAGUUUAUUUUGGUUUAUAUGCAAGUUUAAUUUUGUGAGGAAUUGUUCUGUUCUGUUUUUUUGUGUGUGGUUUGUUAUUGAAAUGUAAAUAUUCCAUUCUUGCAAAUAUGCCAUUCUACAUUUAUAUAAAUCUUAUGAGCUUAAAUGAUAUUAAUGAGCAGCAAAAUGUUUCAUAAACUAUAUUUGUUACACUUCUAUUGUGAAUAAAACAAUCUUUA